AUGGCCACCACCGGGGCCCUGGGCAACUACUAUGUGGACUCCUUCCUGCUGGGUACGGACGCUGCUGACGAGCUGGGCGCCGGACGCUACGCUCCAGGGGCCUUGAGCCAACCCCCAAGGCAGGCGGCAGCACUGACCGAACACCCCGACUUCAGCCCUUGCAGCUUCCAAUCCAAGGCGGCGGUGUUCGGUGCCUCGUGGAACCCGGUGCACGCGGCGGGCGCCAAUGCGGUGCCUGCCGCGGUGUAUCACCACCACCACCACCCCUACGUGCACCCCCAGGCGCCCGUGGCCGCGGCGGCGCCGGACGGCAGGUACAUGCGCUCCUGGCUGGAGCCCACGCCCGGUGCGCUCUCCUUCGCGGGCUUGCCCUCCAGCCGGCCCUAUGGCAUUAAACCUGAACCGCUGUCGGCCAGAAGGGGUGACUGUCCCACGCUUGACACUCACACUUUGUCCCUGACUGACUAUGCUUGUGGUUCUCCUCCAGUUGAUAGAGAAAAACAACCCAGCGAAGGCGCCUUCUCCGAAAACAAUGCCGAGAAUGAGAGCGGCGGAGACAAGCCCCCCAUCGAUCCCAAUAACCCGGCCGCCAACUGGCUUCAUGCUCGCUCCACACGGAAGAAGCGGUGCCCGUAUACAAAGCAUCAGACGCUGGAACUGGAGAAAGAGUUUCUGUUCAACAUGUAUCUCACGAGGGACCGCAGGUACGAGGUGGCCCGGCUGCUCAACCUCACCGAGAGGCAGGUCAAGAUCUGGUUCCAGAACCGCAGGAUGAAAAUGAAGAAGAUCAAUAAGGACCGAGCAAAAGACGAAUGA